AUGCAGCCUUCGCCGCGGUACGCACCGCCCCAAAUUCCUACGACCCCCGUUUUAAACCUUGAGAACCCCUCAUCGCAGUCUUUACAGCCCAAAGAUGAACAGCUCGAGGCGAUGCAGAGCACUGUGUGCAAUGUGCGUACUUCAAAAGAUCAUCGCUCGCGCCGCGGGACGACGUGCAUAGAAGCACAGCGGAUCAACGACGAGCUUGUCUUGGUCGAAAGCAGGAUGCAGGCCACGCCGUGCACCGACUUUAUGUGCAGCAUGGACCUGUACCGUAACCAGAAGUUGUUUAUAAAUGGAUCCCUUACCUUGCUCGAACUGCUACAACACGAAAAUCGACGCACGCACGCUCGGCAGCUCCCGGAUUUGCACACCGUGCUGAAGCGCACCUAUACCUCGGGCAUUGAUCUCCCACUUAGCCACUUGUACGAUAUGCUUACCCAUACCGAGACUAUGGCACAUGAAGGGCACGCACAGGGGCAGGAUAUGUACGGGAUAUCGCCAACGGAUGUGCUUGUUGAAGUCAUGGAGUGCGUGCUCUGCAACACCUACGCGCUGUGUGCCUGCCUUUUUGAAAUGUGCACCGCGUCCCGUGUACAUCGCGCAUGCCUCGAGUGGCUCGGUGACCUGGCCUACCGCCAGCUUGUCUUUCUCCAAUUUGUCCACCUCGCACAAGGAGAGCGCAAGCGAGGUGGCACUGAUAGCAAAGCGCCGGGCGCACGCGCCGUGCUUCGAGAAGAAUACAUGGCUUGGCAGCGGACGGCAUACUACUGGUACGGACUGGUGGCAUGCGAAACGCCGAAUGAUGGGCACUUGUAUGUGUCCCUCGCACAGAUCAGCGAUGGGUCCGAUUUAUUGGCGCUCUACUUUUUCUGCAAAAGCGCCCAGGUAGUGCAUCGCAACACAGAUGCGCCUGCAUUGCUCCGUACUUUCUUUUCGCGCUGCUUGCGCGAGUACAGAGCGCGGACCGAGGCAUCGUGCUCCGAUCUGGCAGUGCACCUGUUUGCGCUUUUGUUCGCGCCAGAGACUGAGCAAGAUCAUCCUACGUUUGAAGCCGAACUUGAUCGUCUCUGCCGGAAGCUCUUGCUGGUAGUGGAUAAUGCCCCGCAUCCGUACGCAGUCCUGGAAACGGACUGGCUCAUGCUGAGCAUGUGCUGUGCGGGCGCAAUGCUCCAGUACACAGAGCCGCACGCUUCCAUCGACGUGCGUCUCUUGCAAGCGUACAGAACCAGCUCGGAGGACAGGCUGUCUUGCGCACGGAACCUCGAGCGCGUUUCAAUACUCAUUGCUCUGCGCACAAAUGACAAUAUACCCUACGUUGGAGGCGGCGAUGGCAUCUGCACUCAAGAGGCUCUCGAUGCAGGGCUCUCGCAGCCGCUUGCACACGCACUCGAGCUCACUUUGCGACUAUUGCACGUCGCUGCAAGGCUGCAGCUCCGUGCUCUGCGCAGUCCGAUUCAACACAUCAACGCCCCAACCGCGUUCCUCAUCCUUGCUCUGUCAUUUUUACAGGUCCUUACGCUGUAUACGGAGGAGAGUACGGCCAUUGCUGCAGUGCAUACCAUUGUUCGUGCGCAUCUGCCCUGGAAUAUGCUGCUUGAGUACGCGCUUGCAGAUGUGUUUGGAACGAGCAAAAUGACCGCACAAGAAAUUGUCGCUGCUGGAAGUGUGCAGCUGCCCGAGGAUUGGACACUGCGUGGGGUCAGCUGGAACGCUUGGUCCCCGCUGGAUAAACAUAGGACUGGGUCUGCGGACACGUCUACCGCCAAGGCGAACGCAGAAUCUUCGUCUGUCACACCGCUUUCUUCCGAGUUGACAGACAAGCCCCACGACCCGUUCUUGUUUACUACAGAAACACACAUGUUCGCGGACAUGGCUGCGAUCUCGCGGUAUCACUACUCAUUUCAAAGCGCAUCGUAUCUCACUGCUUUUGUGCAAGACCCUAGCCUACAGCGCCUGUUUGGCGCGCGCCAUGCGCGGCUUAUUAUGGUCCUGGCAAUGCUCCGUGGCCAACUGGCGCCUACCGAAACAUAUCAGGAGUCUUGUCCUAUGGACGUACAGCAUUAA